AUGGCCUGGUGGGAUUCCAAGCACCGAGCGGCCGGGCCUUCGCCGUCAUUGCCGCCGCCCAUACGGCCCAGAGACUCCAGACAACGUUUGGUUAUGGGCGAUGUCUUUCCCCGUCUUGACCAAGGAACCUUAUACAAGAUCGACACGGAACAAGAACGUGAGCGGGCCAUGCUGCCCCCCGUUUUGGAGGUGCAGAGGCCAGGGCUGCCGACAACUCCCGCAUUGGUGGUGCAUGUUGAGAUCCGCUUUACGGAUCCGGUCAUACGGUCUCGGUACUCGCGUACCUAUGCUAGCUCCCCAGGCUUUGCGGCCACUAACAGGAUCUGCCGCGGCCUUAUACGUCGCAUCGAGCGCUGCUCUCAGGAACUUCUCACUCGCAAAGAUUCUUCCGCCCUCGACAUGUUCAAGGCCGGCUCCGGUGAGCGCAAGCCUCAACGAUUCGAAAUGAACUUCCGUAUUAUGAGAAGAGACCGAGACAAGGGGGAUAAGACAGAAUGCGCUGAACGAACUUACCGCUCUUACCAGAAGCAGCCUCUCACCGUGGCCCUCGCCAAGGAGGUCGUCACCGCCACCCAUCGCAUGGUUGGUCUCUUCAUGCGUCGGCAUGAUGACAAGUUCCGUUGGGUCGACUGUCCCUUCCCAGACUCGGAUCCCCAGGCAGAGUCCCUCGAAGUAACAGGAGGCGGUCCUCCCACGCUCCUGUGUGUUCCCAACUCACGCUUUAACGAGGCCACACAAAAGUUCGAGUUCACUCCCGGCUACAGCAUCGACCUCUUUUUCCGAAGUAGGAGCCAUCAUCGACCUGCCUUGCCAACCUAUGACAAAAGAUUACGCAUCAGCAGCACGCAGACAACGCCGCUGACCCUGCAGAUGACCGACGACUUGCUCUGGAGAGUUCUGGAAGCUAUUAACCAAGGCCUAGAAUUGAAGAAACGGGAGCAUGAUGAGCAUCUUCGAAACCGCGUCGGAUUCGGCCAUUCACGCGACGAUGCCCUCGAAAUCGCCGUUCGCAUCAAGAAUAAUUUAGGACCAAUAUUCACCCACGCACAGAGGCAAGUGAAGAGCAAACUAGGCCUCUUCCGCGAUCCGCGCGCCGCCGACUGCGAAGACUUCCUACGUAGCAUGGAGCACUACCUGUCCCAUGCCAGGAACCAGACUGACAAGAAGAUCAAUGCCCUGAACGACCUGGACUUCAGGGUGGUCGAGCUCAAGGGCGUAAACUGGAAUAUUCGUGAGCCGUUGAAGUUCACCAUUGGCCCGUCUGCGUCUUAUGGCCGCCGCACCAUCGGAGCCGCCCUGGAGCGCAUUCAGACCGGCAUUGGGGAUGUGAUCCGCGGGCACAAUGUCGCCAUCCACAUUCAAGCCCACAAGCGCGGACAUCUCAUCUUGGACAAGGCCAUAGUCGCCCAUGAAAAGCGGGGCCGGCCGAAGGAGUAUUUUGCUACUCCCGAUGAGGCAAUGAAUGCAUUUGUGUCCAGGCUCAAGCAUCGUAUCCAGCAAGACAUUGACAUGGUUUUCGAGGAUACAUGCGCAAUCGAUGACCUCCCCGAAAACGAUGAAGACCAUAUUAUGCAGCCAGUUACGUCUUUGGGAGCAGACCGGGGACUGUUUGGAGAAGCGGCCUUCUCGUCAAUAUUCAUGCCGCCGUCGCCCUCGUCUUCGCCGACAAGAAAAUCAAGGACCACAACCGGGGCUGGUUCCCUUCGGAGCGAGCAAACUUCCUUUUCUCGUCCAUCAUUAGAGUCGGUACAAUCGUUCGACUAUCUCUGGCAGCAAAACGAAGAUCUAUUCACAGGUUCAAACAGUCGUCCAAGUUCAGGCCACAGUAUCGAAGCACCAUCCGCAUCCACAUCUAAUGGCCGGCCGGAUUGGCGCUCCUACUGGAAUGCAUAUCAGCGACCUAGAGGUAACGAUCGCUUUUCGCUCCUCUCCCAGGGUGAUUCGAUACCAGCCAAACGGUCGUUCUCACUUGCUCCGAAACGAUCAUCGACCACAGCGCGAACAAGCAAUGCAUCAAAUUUAGUCGACGACACGCGAAGUAUUGCUGCAAGUGAACAGAGUAGAGAUGAAGGUGACCAAGUCGCCGGGAGACCGGCUAGUCGUUUGUCAUCGAGAGAGCAAGAAUCACCCUCCGCCAGCUUCAUUCGGCGUAGUAUCGACAGCAACUCGGUCAGGUCAGCAGGUGUCAGCUCACAAAACUCUUCCCAGGACGAGGGCGGCAAACCUAUUACGUCGGUCAGUCACGAGAAUAUCGCUGCGCCAAGUCAAGAGUCGCCCAUCCUCCCUCCAGAAGAAGGGAUGGAGGAGCCCGAACCCUUCCGGGAAUUUGCGGUCGGAAACACCAGUGUUAGGUCAGAUGAGACUCGGCUUGCAACUCCCGAGCUCAGCGACGGAGCUUCGACGUCGCGCAAAAGCCCGCUGUCCACCCCAUCCUCCCUUCGGACUGCUUCGGUAUCACAGCCUGCUAUUCUGCAAAGUCCAACGAAGUUUGAGACACACGUGCCGGGUGUGGUACCAGGAGAGCCAGCUUUGAAAGGAGAGAAUGAGCCCUUCGCACUCAACGGCCAGAUCCAUAAGCCAGUUCAAAUGGUUCAAUCCACGCCAAACAUUGUUCCUGCACAGACGCCAGAUGAUCUCCAGAAUGCUACCGUUGACGUGACGACCCGCGACACACAGGAAGGAUCCAAUCCUGGUCCAGUCGUGAUGUUACACCAACAAGCAACCUGCCCUGAAUUGGCAUCCACAAUCCAGCAAGCGGCAUUGCCCCUUAACAAUAUUCUUUGCAACUCGGAUGCGGUUGAAAUGAAGCAGUCAAAACGCAAGGCGGUUACCGAAAGUCUCGGGGCCGAGAUCAACUCGAUCUCCGACGUCCCUUGCCCUCUUGCAACGGACUUCCCCACUACUGAGGUCCGGAGACCUGAGAACAAUGAAGCAGCGCAAGUCCUGGUCCACCAUCUUGAACACAACUCUAAACAAGAUGUUUCAACUUCAGAUAUUGCGUCGCAGUCCCGAGUCGAGCUUCAUUUCAGAGAUGCUACCGGUGAUAAUCUCGGCGCCGGCAGCGGUGCCGAGGUCAAGCCUGUGGGGGACCAUGUAACCAAAGGUGUCUCCGCUGACGACGCUCCGGGAGCAGUUCUGUUCACCAAUCCGGAGCAGAUCCCCAGCACGGAGCCGGUGAGAAGGCCGUCGAGGACCAGGUCAAUGAGCGAGAGUAUCGUGCAAGCGACCGAAGCUUUGGCCGAGCUGGUCGACCAAGAACAGGAAGAUGGUACGCAAGUAUCGAGUGCUGAAACCGAUCCCGGUACGGCAAACAAAGGCUCUGAUGACGUCGCCACAAUCACUGCUGCUGCCACGGUCGGAUCCAAGCUCGCGACCGAGGCGCAAGGCAAUGAACCAUCUCUCCCAGUGGUACACGACGUCAGCACCGCAAACACCGCGGAGAUCUCAGUCGCUCAAGGGCAGCUUCCCGAAACCGUGGCUCAGGGGCAGCCAGCAGCCAAACCACACGCUGCUGGAAACACUUGCGCUGUACCCCUGAGCAAUGUUGCUGCGCCAGAGUCAUCUGAGACAAUCAAGGAACAGACGCAAGGCGAUGCUCUUAUCAAGCUCAGCAGCGACAAAGCUGACAUGGCCCGUGCCGUGCAGGAUGCAGCAACAGCAACAGCAACGGCGGCGAUGCCGGCAGCGGCUCUCGAACAACGUUCAAAUGAAAAUGAACGUGUAGCAGUUGUGGGUGCCGGGAACGAAACAGUCGAGGUUGCCCAAGUACAAACCGUCGGUCGCGAGCUUGACUGUGGCAACAUGCCGGGAUGCGAUCUCGCGUCCGAGGAAUCUGCCAUGGCAUCCGUGACGACUGAAGUCCCCGUGCGCAGCCACGUGUCCGAGACGAGCUUGACUGCAGGCCCGAAGGUGGUUGAUGCCAUUAAGGAAACGGCACCGGACGUGAAUAUGCAUUCCGAACGUGGCGUUGCCGUGGCCGAGAAGAGCUGCUCCGCACCCGAGCCUGAUGUGAAGGAGCCGAAAGGGAGUGCGGCGCCACUUCAGGAUGGUGUUACCGGGACCGAGUCCCACCCCGAAGAUGUUGUCGGGCAGAAGGAACACAUUGUGCUGUCCGAGGUUGUUGGCUGGGGGCUGUCGAAAAAGGAGCAGGCACACAAGAUGUUAAGCGAUUCGGUGCCCGAACUCAGGGGCUUGGAGCCCGAUGUCACGGCGGCUGUUGCAAGAGCGAGCGCGGAUAGCGUUGCCGAUGUCGUUGCGGGUCCUGAAGGUUCAGUCCGUUCAGCUGUUGCAGCUGAGCAUGGGACUGAACAACGGUCUGAAAAGACGUCGGCAGCAGUUCCAGCUGCAAUCACGGCGGCCGAUGCAGAAAGCGAGGAAACAAAAGAGAAAGAAAACAUCACAGAGCAGGCGGCUGCCCGCACGGCUGACGUGGUCACUCUCGCGACCCACUUGGCGGAGGAAACCACAGAACGUGUCAACACACCGCCAGUCCUGACCCCACCCGGAUCCGCUGAUGCCAAGACCGGGUCCACCAGCACUGAAAAGGGCAUCGCCGAUGAGCUCGCCGACCGCACGGCGCUGCCACCUCCUGUCGUCCCGGAAGCCAAGACUGAAGUUGGCGCCGGCGCCACCGAAGCUGUCGGCGCGGCUGCUGCCGAUGUCGAGGUUAAGGUGCAGGCCAACGACUUCCUCCAAGAAGCUGUGUGCAUCGGUGUCGUCUCCGAGCCGCUGGUGCACGAGCCCGCCGAGGAGCUCAAAGUCCAGGUAAAGGACGACAAGCAGGUUGUCGAGGUCGCCGAGGUCGUCGCGGUUGAGCUUGUUGCGAAGCCUGAGGGUUGUGAGGCCCUUGAUAAAGAAGUCGGCGCCAACACAGAGAGUUGUCUCGAUCAUGCUGUAUCACCGGCAAUUUCAGCUGAGCCGUCGACUUCCCAGGCAUCUGGCAUCUCGAUCGCUUCGGCCGAAGCAGAGAAUAACACACAUGUUGCCGCUUCUGUAACUCCCAAGCCCUCAGCAGUUCUGCCGGCAGCCGAGGCUCCUCAACCCCCUUCUGCAGAGCCGGAGGUUGAAGGCAAGCCUCAGCUCGCUGCCGUCCCUGAUCCCGCCUUACUCUCCAGGCUUCUCGCUCAAGAAGCUGACGAGAGCGACGUGGACGAGGGUGCUACUGCUCGCUCGACUCUUUCUGCAACUUCCAUUCCCCCAACUCCUCGUAACUCGGUCGACUCUGUGCGUCUAUCCACUGGUCUCGACGAUGAGGAAGCCUCUUUCGCCAUUCCCGCGACUCCUGAGUCUGUGAGGCCGAAAUCGCGGGACAGCGAUAGCAGCGGUGUCUCAUUCCGUCGUGUUGGUCUGCAGCCGGCUUUCACAACCGCCGGCCUGCUGGGUCUGCGCGAUUUGCAGCACCGGCAUGGCCAACACCAGGCUCACAACGUGAGCAGCUUGAGUGUGAACACCCUUGUUCGUGGCGGAGGUAGUACGGGAAGUCUUGUGUCCGGCCGGGUGUUUGGGGAUGUGUUGCAGGCAGUCGUAAAGCGGGAGACCUUGGUUGCUACCUCGGUCACAUCGUCGGACAAGGGUAGCGAGCUUGAUCUCGAGGAGGCGAAGGAAAUUGAGGGAAAAAGGGCAGUUGCUGAGAAGCAGAAGACUGCGCGGGAGGGUCAAGUGGAUGAGGAUGGCGAAGAUGAAAUGACCGCCGAUGAGGGUAUGCUUCCAAAAAUGGCGUUGGUGAUUGCUGGAGCGAUGGCGAUUGGCAAGUUCUUUGCAAAGCCGUAG